GAUUACUAAGUCCCAUACCGCCAAACCCGUGCCUGUGCACAGGUCGCCUCCACCGGGUGUCCGUUGAGACACACAAGGUUGGCUUCGCGAGAUGGGACGAUCUUGCCGGGCCCCUGUUGUUCGGGAGGGCUUGUUUCACCAGCGGUAAGGCGCUAGGUGCCUGGGUAGUCCAUCAUUCCUCUCGGUAGUGACGGAGCCCAGGUGGUUCUCCGCCAGCGACAGUGCUAGACUGUGCAGACAGCUAGCUAGCUGUCGGCGGUGGGACUUACACGCGAGAGAGCAAGCUCGAACCCCGCGGCCGCCCCUUUCCCCGCUUAUCUACCUGCUGCUGUCCUCCCCCGAGCUCCGGCGUCCCUCCAGCCCUCCAGCCUCCAGGAACCCUCUCCCGAAUUAAUUUGCUGCCAGCCUCUCUCUAUCAGUGACGAGGACACAUACACACGCCCUCCUGCCAAAACCGAACCAUGUCUGAGCUCUGGACGAAGCCAUCGGGGUCCGCCUCGGCCCUCUGGGCCAAGCCCAGCUCCAUCCCCGAGUCCCAGUCCCACAACCCCUCGGCCAUGCCUCUCUCUGAGGCCCAGACGAGGGUCCGUCACCCCGGAAGGCGGUUUGCGCAAAUUGUAAAGCUGAAGCCCGAGUACUACGAAAAGUACAAGGAGGUUCAUGCGGCCGUUUGGCCCGAGGUUUUGAGGCAGAUCAAGGCCUGCAACAUCGUCGACUACAGCAUAUUCUAUGACGACAAAUCACACACCCUGUUCGCGACAUUCAAAUACGUCGGGUACGAUUACGCCGGGGACAUGGAGAGGAUGAGGGAGAACCCCAAGGUGCGGGAGUGGUGGAAGAUGACCGAUGAAUUCCAGCAGAGUUUCAAUGAGAACGCAAAGAGCAGUGAGGCUGGUGAUCCCUCAUGGUGGAAGCCUCUUGAGGAGGUCUUUUACCAGGCUUAAUGGGCGGUGUGGUGUUUGGUAGCCGUCCUUGUUCUUGAGCUGGUUCCGGGAGGUCCUUGUUGUUCGGCCCGUGGGUACACGUCGCUUUGGAUGUUCUUGUCUCUUGGUGUCGUGGGAACUAGAAGUAGGGCCUCAGUCGAGCGUCAGGCUUAAAUAAUAGACGGCCCAGGACUUUCAAUCGCUAA